UUUUGCAGCAUCAGUACCGCGCUUCUAUUGCAUUCAUUAGCUCAAGACGGAGCGCGCUGCGGAGCGACACUGCACCGUUUCGGAGGACACACAAACAGUGUAAGAGGGAGGAUAGAAGGAGAAGAAAAGGACAAACGAGGCAGUUCACCGGGGAUACAAAACCCCCAAAGAAACGCCUGAAAAAAUAACAUACGAGACGGACCCAAGGAAAUUAAUCAGUCAAGGCAGCAAAACCAAGCUAUAAUAUAUUAUUGGCGAGGAACGAGGAAGCAAUGAAGGAUCGUACGCAGGAACUACGAAGUGCUAAGGACAGUGAUGAUGAUGAGGAAGUUGUCCAUGUCGACCGGGACCAUUUUAUGGAUGAAUUUUUUGAACAGGUGGAGGAGAUUCGAGGCUGCAUAGAGAAGCUUUCUGAGGAUGUGGAACAAGUGAAGAAGCAGCACAGUGCUAUACUUGCAGCACCCAACCCUGAUGAAAAAACUAAACAGGAGUUGGAAGACCUUACAGCUGAUAUAAAAAAGACAGCCAAUAAAGUACGCUCAAAGUUAAAAGCAAUUGAGCAAAGUAUUGAACAGGAGGAGGGACUGAACAGAUCAUCUGCGGACUUGAGAAUCCGUAAGACACAGCAUUCCACACUGUCACGCAAAUUCGUGGAGGUUAUGACCGAGUACAACACCACACAAUCCAAGUAUAGAGACCGUUGCAAGGACCGCAUCCAGAGACAACUGGAGAUCACUGGAAGAACAACUACCAAUGAGGAGCUUGAAGAUAUGUUGGAAAGUGGCAAGCUUGCCAUCUUUACUGAUGAUAUCAAGAUGGAUUCCCAGAUGACCAAGCAAGCCUUGAAUGAAAUUGAGACUCGACACACUGAGAUCAUAAAGCUUGAGAACAGCAUUCGUGAGUUACACGAUAUGUUUGUGGACAUGGCCAUGCUGGUGGAGAGCCAGGGUGAAAUGAUUGAUAGAAUUGAGUACAAUGUGGAACACUCAGUGGACUAUGUGGAACGAGCUGUGUCUGAUACAAAGAAAGCUGUCAAAUACCAGAGCCAGGCCCGCAAGAAGAAGAUUAUGAUCAUCAUCUGCUGUGUGGUACUGGGAGUCGUGCUGGCAUCUAGUAUCGGUGGAACGCUGGGCUUCUAGAAAUGGCAACAAACUAGAUAAACCCACUAGAGAAAUGACAAAACAAAAUGAUAUUAGUUAAAAAGGGGGUGGGUCUGAAUGAAAAUGACACAUUAACAGGCUGAUUAAUGAACAAAAAAGGAAGUUCCAAUAUGCAUAAUUACCUACAUACAUUACAUUUAAAUGUAUCACAGAAAUGUACACUAAAUGUAUUGAACAUAAACAGCACAUUUUAAGCUACCUGUCUAUAUAUAUAUUCUUUUUUUUUCUUAAUCCUUUAAAACUUAUUUAUUUUUAGGGAUUUCCUGAACAGUGCAAGUGACUAGUCAUUAAGUAUGCUAUUGAGAAAGGCAUUUUCAGGAUUAUGUGUUAAUGCACAAAACCGAAAAAAAGAAAGACUAUGAAAAUCAAUUAUGUUAAUUGUUUUUAACAAUUUGUUGGGGGUGUCUGAGAAUAACAUGUUUGAUUAGAGUUUCACUGAAUUAGUCUAAUAAUGGUCAAUUCUUCAUAGGUCAAGCAGUUUAAUAUAUAGCUGAUUAGGUUCGCAUUUGGGACAGACAAACUGAUCAUGUCAUGAAAGGAAAACUUUGACAAGUUGCUACAUUAACAAUAAGAUGCUCAGAUUGAGCCAUCAUGGGUUUGUAAUGAGGGAGGGUUAGGCAUAGUGGUACCGAUGUUACGAUGAUUAUGCAUUUUAUUUUACAGCUUUGCAAGGCUGCAUACCUUAGCACUGGGCCAGACUUUUCAUUUUGGUGUGCUAACGGGACCAGCGAGACAAGACUUAUUUUUUGAAGAAGCAGUAGAAAUGAAACAUAGUAAAAGAGUGACGCGUGAAUGGAAGUUGAACUAUGCAGAUUUGCCACAGAAAGAGUAGGACAAAUACCCCUAGGAAAAAAACAAGCAAAAAAAAAAAAGAAAAUAAUUUUAUUUGACAACAUAUAACAUAUAAUCAGAAAAAGAAUUUUAAAAGUCAAAACUUUACAUGCUGGUUAGUCCAUGGGUGAAUAUUCGCACAAUUUUUGAAAGUUAACCUGUUUGGCUAUAUAUAUAUAUAUAUAUAUCGUGUGUUGCAUCCUAUCCUGAUUCUCUGUUUGGUCCGGCCUGGGCUUUAUUGCUGCCAUGUUGGUUCAAUUUUUUGUUCUGCAUCUGAAGACGCAAAAGGGAGGUCAAGUGAAAUAAGAAAAUAGUGUGUAAGCAAUCCAAAAUUUAAUUUUAUUAAAUUAACAUGGCUUGUAGCUUGAAUGCACUUUCACGACACUUCGACAGAGGGAUUCCUGCCUGCGUUUAGUCUUAACUGAACCAAAAUGGAUUCCACCACAAAAAGUCAUGUGCUCAUGGGUAAUAUCAAAGAAACCACUGGUCCUUUAGUUCACAUUCAAAGUAAAGACAUUUUCAUUCAGAGGUGCAUAUAAAUAUAAACUGUUUAAAUUUAAUAUCCCAAAAGAAAAUUUAUAAAAUUCUGGGUGACUAAUUGUUUUCAGAAUUUUUUACACAUUUCAGUUGAUGCGUUAAUUUCACUUGACAUUGUUCAUAAUAUUUAUAUAAACAUUAGAAUAUAUUUAACAAAUCUCUUAAAAGAUAAUUAUAAUUUAGCCAUUAAUGUAAUUAUAAUUAUGCUAAUUGAUUAAAUAUAGCAUUAUUCAGUAUUCAAUGCCAACAAAUUUUCUGUAAUAAUUUGUAUAUAGCAUUAUAUGUAUAUGUUCUUUGUAAGCAAAUAGUUUUCAGCGCCCCUCAUAUCUUGAUGAUACUUAGAAGGUAGCAACUUGUUUUAUUUAUUUUUACAUUUUAUAGUUUAUAAGAUAGGCCUGUUGAUAUCAGAAGGUAUGAAGAAUUUACAAUGUUUGAUGAAAUACAAGUAAAAGCAUUAUAAUGGAAAGUGGCCUUAGCAGGUCCACAUAAAAGUUGCAGAGAGGUCAGCCAGCAAGCCGAUAAGGGACAGAGAGCUCGACAUGUGUCACGCUUGACAAUUGGAGCGGGGAGGAAUAGGAAUAGGGGGAAGCUAAAAUGCAAAAAUUUGCUUUGCAUUUGCAGUAUGUCUUUCUGUUGGUAUAUCAAGUAUAUUCAGUAUGUGAUAUAUUUUUUAACUUUUAACUGUAAUACUUCCCAUAAUAUUAGUGGUUCUGCAAAGUUACAUUCAAGUUUUAGAGCCAAACAGCCUUGUUAAAAAAAGUCUAUCUUUUUUUCUUUAUAAACAAGUUAACUACUGACUUAAAAACAAACAGGACACUUCACAGAAUUGGCACAAUAAAUAUUGGUCAUAUUAGAAGCUUGUACGCUGAUAUUAUGCUGUAAAAAUAUUAUUCUCCUGGUAGUAAUAAAGUAAAAAUUGAAGGGGAAAUAUAUAAAACACCCAGUGGCACUGGAGUUAAGGGGGCCCUAGGCUAUACUUUCCGUGAGCCUCUCUCCUGCCCCCACUCCCCAGAAUGAUACAACAAUUAACUAUAAAACUAUUAAACAUUAGUAAGUUUAAGAUAUUUUCUAUAAAGUCAAAGACAAAAGAGAUACAUUUAAGAAUUGGUCUCCCUGUUAAGUUUUAACCAAUGAUCAACUCGCAAACAAAUGAACUAAUAAAGGAUCAUUUUUUUUUUAAAUCAGUAAGGCCCCCCUGAUCAUUUUGGGCCCCUAGGAUGUAACUUAGGCCUCUGGAAAUAUCACAUUUUCGUUUGAUAUGCCAAGCAUAUUAUGUUGCAAUUAGUCUAUAAAAAUAUUAAUAAUAACAUAUCAGUAUAAUUAUUAAUCUUCAUCAGUUUUAGUUUCUUUGACUAAUGUACAUUUCCAAAUCAAGUAUGUGAAAGUUUUAUUGAAUUUAAUCCAAGUCACGUUUGAACUUUUCAAUUAGUUUUGUGUAAUUUCAGCUCUCCGAUGACAGUAUGAUUUCAUUAAAAAUAGAAACGCGCAGGCAAAAUUUUGACGAAAAAUCAGCUGGAGAAUUUUACUCUGAAAGGAAUGCAGCACUGCAAAGGAAGCUUUCUAUCGCAGAAAUUGGUCGUACUCUAGAGUACAGAGGUCAUCCUUCUAAUACAUUUUAUACUUUCAUCUUGCUGUCUUGGUCAUGUGCUAAUUUUAAUUAUCUUUUAAUAGUAAUAUUUGAAGUGCAACUCCAAAAUUAACAGCUGAACAGCAUGGUUAAGCGCGUUUCCACUGCAGAAUCAGUGAUGAUAUGGGUAGCGGCCAACGGGAAAAUAUGACAGUAUGAAGGUUUAUCUUCAUUUGUGUUUUUUUUGUAAUGAAAAUGCCAAAGCAUUCAAUUUUUCAUGUAGAGAUAAGAGCACAAUAUCAUGCUCCAAGUGUACAAUUGCAUUUGCUUAACGGGAAAAUGAAAACCAAGGGAUUUAUUUUAAUUAUGUCCACCGAAUGGAAGUUCUUAAUAUUUGUUCUUGAUGUCGUAAUUUUAUUGCAUGUUGGACUGAUACAAAACAUUUUAAAUCUGUAACUGUCUUGCGGUAUAGAAUUAGUGGAUUUAUUUAUUCUCAUCUGUGUUAUCUAGUGGUGGUAAUUAAAACAAUCAGAUUAAUAUUUACUCCUCAUGUCCCUUCUGCACCUAUCAUGCAAACAUGAAAGUCUAUGUUAGAAAUGUCAUUAUUGUUAUUAUUUAUUAUAUUCUAACCAGAAGCUGGAUGUAUAUUGUGAUAAUCAUGUAUAUCUGUUUGGCACUUUAAUUACAAUUUGCCAGUUUGUGCUCAUCUACAUGGUCUAUGCUGUUGGGGAAAUCUGUAUAUUGAAUUGAAUGUCCAGGCUGACACUGGUCUAGGUGAACCAAAGUUUUGAGGCUCAGUGGGCAACUUAUAUAUCUGCAGAAGCAAAUCAGAGUAAAUGAGACUGAAAUUAUGCGAACAUUAAAAAUACACAUUCUAUCUCUUGUAGUGUACACGGCAGUUUGAUUGACAGCCAUAAGAAAGAUAAUAUAUUCAAACGAAGUUAUGAGGUUUCAGUAUAAACCACCAGACAUCGUCAUCGAUUUUUGGGUUUUAAUUCAAAUUAGUAAGGUAACAGUAUGUACUUUUGUGGGAACUUGUGAUUUCUUCAUUUUCAGUUUAUCUGUAUUGUUUACAGGCUUCUCAUUUGCUCAUUUGCCUUUACAUUUUAUUUGCUAUUCUCAUUACGAUCCCUUCUGUGUUAGAUGGUAAAUGUGAAUAGGUGUACUAACAUAUAAAAAAAAAAGCAGUUUAUUGGCUCUACCUCUCAUGACCACAUUUAUUUUAAUUUUUGAUCUAAGUAAAACAUAAAUUAGUGUGGGACUCUAUGUUGAACUAGACAUAUUUAAACAAAGGUUGCACAGAAUAGGCUUAAACUUUCAGCUAUUCCUUUUCCCGCUAAAUCUGUAGCAUAAUAUUGAACAGCUGCAGAAAAACCUUCAAAACUUUGCUUUCAGGUUGCAAUUUUCCUGGGAGAAAAGUAUGCUUUGUUAACUGUGUGACUCUCAGCUUCACUUUCCUUAACCUGGAGAAAAUCUGAUCAUAACUUAAUUUCUAAACAGUGUUUCCUUGUAUCAGUAUUAAGGUUGUGUAUGUCAGUGGGUGGAGGGGCAUGGGGACCAGGACUGGUGCUCUAACAUAAGACUGCAGAAAGAGAUCAGAAUCUUAAAUAUUAAUAGUAAUAAUAAUGAUAAAAUAUUUAUAAUAAAAAUAAGGGUCACAAUAGAAGGCAUCGAUUAUAACAAUUUGUUAUUAAAGGGGAGUGAAUUACGUUAUUUUAAAAUUAUUGUAGAAAUAUUGAAUAUUGAAUGCUUGCAAUUUUGUCAACUUGAACUGGAUCUGUGUCUUGUAAUUAUUGUAAAUACUUGAAAAGAGAAAAAAAAAUACUUGCAUGUCCAUGUAUAAACUACUGAAAACCUCCUGUCAAAGUUGUGAAGUUGUUCAAACUCUUUUCUCCCCGUUAACCCUCCAGUUGCCAUAUUUAUCAUUGAAACUUUUUUGUUACAUGAUAUUCCUAAAAAAACUAAUUCCAUGAGAUUCUUUCCUGUCUGAUAACGUCUGAAAAGGUAUAUAAAAGAAUAUACACAAACUAAUUAGAACUCAGGUGAAAGCUAAGCAUAGAAUGACUGUACGUCAACAGAUUCAGCAUUUAUUCAGACUCAGUUUAAGUAUUUAAUUUAAUACAACUGAUGAUUAUUUGAUGUUUCAGAAUAACCAGAAGCUUGAUCACAGCUUUUGAUUAUUAAUUUAAUAUGUGUUUGUAACUUGAAGAAAGAAACCUAAUUGUCAUGCACAUAGCUGUUUGAAUGAGUUUAUGCCAAAGCUAUGUAUGUCACUAAAAACAAACAAAAAAAAACAUUGCAAUCAAUUUAAAUUUAAAUGGCUUCUGAUUUUGGUCAUUUUAGAUCUCCCAGCAUCAACUCUCAAAGAAUAAAGCUUCAGAAGACUUCAUACUAUGGUUGCAUCAGGAGUAAUGUUUAAGUAACAUUGAAAGUGCUAAUAAUGUUUCAAUCAAUAUGGCAUCAUUACUCAAAACUGAAUUGGAUUUCAACGAGGUUCAAAACAAAAUAUUGGCAAAUGACAGAUACCUGGUGUGGGAACUUUACCACCCACCAAUGGGGAGCUGACUAGAACAGAGAUUGAUUUCACAAGAAUUUACAAGGGAUAACUAAGCAUUGAAAAGUACAGGAUGAAUGACUGUUGCAACUUUGACUGGAAUUUGCAACUCGUGUCCUGUUUUUUUGUGUGUAUGUGUGUGUAUAGUAAUGUAAUCUGUCUCUCCUUUACUUGUACUGCUGUUUGCUGUUCUGUUUAGUUAGUGUGAUGUGCCGGUAUUCCAACUCUCUCCCUCUUCUAGCUCUUUCUCCAUUGAUCUUUAAAAUGACAACUCUAUGCAGAUGCUGUCUUUUAUAUGUGUGUCAAAUUUUAAUUUAAAAAAAUCUAGAAAAAAAAUGACAAACCGACAUUAUGAAAUGGAACAAAAAGUGAAUAAAGAAAAAGGAUUGCUCAGUGUA